UGUGCGUGUCGUCACUUCGCUCCUGUUUCGUGGAAAGAUGGGGGUAUAUCUCAUCCUGCGCACAAACAGGCGAGGCUGCGUACUGAAGGGAGGGAUGCGCACCUGACAGUAUGACGGACAGGGAGGAGGACCAGCAGGGCUGCGUGGCUGUUUCACCCCAAGUCAAAGUGAAUCUCACGUCCCGUUUUCAGCUCUUCGACCUGGCUCAACUAAAACAAGACCAGGAUAGCAUGGAGGCUGAUCGGGAGCUUAAGACCUAACUUUACCUGUUGGUGCGCGCUGGGUGUUGCUUCAUAUGUGAGAUUCUGUGUGAGGAGCGCUGCAGUCUAAGGACAGGAGCGUGAUGCUCAGUCCUGACCAGCCCGAGCCCGAUCUACCUUGGGGACAACUGCACACAGAGACCCUGUUGGACACUUUCAAUGUGGAGGGUGAGCCCAUGCCGUUCGAGCCCAUGGAUGGAGAUGGUAAGGCGCGCUCUGUGCACGCGCCCGGUCUCAGCAGAGAGGAGAAGAGACGGAGGAGGCGCGCGACAGCUAAAUACCGAUCUGCGCACGCCACCAGGGAGCGGAUCCGUGUAGUGGCCUUCAACGUGGCCUUUGCAGAGCUUAGGAAACUGCUCCCGACGCUCCCGCCAGACAAGAGGCUGUCCAAAAUAGAGAUCCUGAGACUCGCGAUUUGUUACAUCUCCUACCUCAACCAUGUGCUGGAUGUUUAGGGAUGUAAGGAACAAAGAGCUGCCUAAUUGGAUGCUGCACUGAGGCUGGAUGACUGUUUGUAACCAGCCAGGACAGGUGACUGAUACCUGGAAGCAACAGUCCUAUAAAGGAUUAAAGAAAGUGUCUGUUUGUGUGGAGUUGUAAGGUCAUUUUAAUGUAAUGGAGUAACUCUAGGCUACACAGACACACUGUAGCCUCUUCAGCCUAUAUGAUUAUGGGAAUACCACAUAAAUGUUUCAUGAGCAAAAACUGCUGCAGGACUGUAGGCUUACUGUUAUGGAUGGAAGGGAUGGAAUAUAUUGAAAGCUGCUAUGCUGGUGUAGUCUAGCUAUGUAAGCUUGACUUUAAAUCUUCGGCCUUGUCUUUAGUUCAGGCCUCUGUUGGGACUUGACUACUGCUUGCACCAGUUUGUAUAAUGUUUAUUGCAAUUACACAAAAAAAGUAUAGUCUACUGGACUUUCAAAAUGUAUAAAUAUAGUCCUCUGUGCUUGUGGGAUUUUGUCUGUGGGAUUCAGUUGAAAUCCAUUUUGAAAAUAAACUGUGAGCUAAAAAUAUGUUUAAAAAACAUGUUUGAUGCAGUUUUGA